GGCGCCGCUCGCGCUCAACGGCCGCCGCGGGACUAUUCGAACCCGUCAGCGGAGCGCGCGGCGCAGGGCCGGGGUUGGCACCGGCGCGGCCUCAGCGUGAGGUGGGGGCGGGGUGCCGCCUUUUCUUAUCCUACUGCACAGAUAGGCGGGCGUGUUUGGGAACGCGACCCCUGAGUCUAUGAAGAUUUCUUUCUGCGGAAGCGUUAGGCCUUGUUUAAUUAAAGAAAAUAUAUAUGAAAGAGAGCACAUAUGAGCAGUGUGGCAGAGUGCAGCUGUGAGUUACCCAGCGUUGAGUUGGGUAACUGAUAUAGUGGGGAGGGCAUCUUUGAUUUGAAGAGGAGGCUGAGGGGGAAACCUUAUCACUCUCUACAACUGCCUGAAAGGAGGCUGUGCCAAGCUGGGGUCAGCAUCUGCUCCCAGCAAGGAGAAACAGGACCACAAUGAAACGCGAAGCGUUUUUACAAGCUGUGUCUAAAAAGUCAGUUGAGGACUUCUUGCGUUUUACUCAAAUUUCUAAAGAUACAUUUGAUCCUUUCAAUUUGAAUGAAUUACUUCAAGAAUUGUCAAGAAAACAAAAAGAAAUACUAUGGGAGAGACUGAGACACCUAUUGAAAGAGACCUUGAUGGAGAAACCUGUGGAAACAUGGCAACGGGUAGAAGAUGCUGAAAGUAAUGAUGGCAUGGAAGUUGAGAGUGCUCCAGAAAUGAAACAAACUGUAGCUGUGAUCCAAGGAGUGACAGCUGUAGUUACUGCUUCCAUACCCGUAGUGGAUGAAACAGUGAACUACAAAGCUCUUCUAGAAUGUGCCUUUAUAUUAAAUGGUAUUAUUCCUGCAUUACCUGAAUCUGAAAAUACCCUACGGAGUGCCAUCCGGCGUGUAUGUGAAAUGUGGUGGGAGAAAGGACUGGAAGGAAAGGAGCAGCUAGGGAAAACAGCAUUUAUUAUGCUGCUGAAAAAAAGCCUGAGUAAAGCUGCUACGGGUGUAGACAUCGUUUGUCUACGGAAACUACAUCAGACCUUACUUUGUUUUGAUUAUGAUUCAGAGGACAGUAAUGAAAUCAAAGACCUGUUACUUCAGUGUUUUAUGAGCGUAAAGCACAUCAAAAAAGAAGAGGGAAGAAGAAUUUUGAGCUUUUUCUUCAGCUGGAAUGUCAACUUCAUUAAAAUGAUACAUGGAACUGUUAAGAACCAAUUACAGUUUUUUCCAAGAUCCUUGGUGGAAUACAUUUCAGAAAUAUACUUCAGAGCAUGGAAGAAGGUGUCAGGAGAAACUUUAGAGAUACUUGAACACAAUUGUAUUCAGGAUUUCAUGCACCAUGGAAUUCAUCUUCCCAGAAGUUCUUCUGUUUAUUCUAAAGUUAGAGAGAUGCUGAGUUAUUUUCAUAAACAAAGUAAAGUUCGUCAAGGAGUUGAAGAAAUGCUCUAUCGAUUGUAUAAACCUAUCCUUUGGAGAGCACUGAAGGCAAGAAACUCAGAAGUUCGAUCAAAUGCAGCAUUUUUGUUUAUUGAUGCUUUUCCUAUUCGUGAUCCUAGUUUUAACACUGAAGAGAUGGAUGCUGAAAUUCAGAAACAAUUUGAAGAACUUUUUAGCCUCUUGGAAGAUCCUCAUCCAGUUGUCCGAUCUACAGGGAUACUUGGAGUUAGUCAGAUAACAUCCAAAUACUGGGAGAUGAUUCCUCCAACAGUUAUUGCUGAUCUUUUAAAAAAGCUAAUUGAAGAGCUGGCGUGUGAUGUAACAUCUGCUGAUGUUCGAUGCUCUGUUUUUAAAUGUCUACCGAUAACUUUGGACAACAAAUUAAGUCAUCCAUUACUGGAGCAGCUCCUGCCAACAGUUAAACACAGCCUUCAUGACAAUUCAGAGAAAGUGCGAGUGGCUUUUGUAGAUAUGCUGCUGAAAGUUAAGGCUACUAAGGCAGCAAAGUUCUGGAAGAUCUGUCCUAUGGAGCAUCUUCUGGCUCGCUUGGAGGUUGAUUCGCGGCCCGUGUCGCGGCGCAUAGUGAAUCUCUUAUUCAACUCCUUCCUGCCCAUUAACCAGCCUGAGGAUGUGUGGUGUGAGCGCUGUGUUACUUUAAUCCAGAUGAAUCCAGCAGCAGCUCGAAAGUUCUAUCAAUAUGCUUAUGAGUAUACUGCCCCCACCAAUAUAGCUAAACUGAUGCUAACUAUUCGACGCUGCUUGAAUGCCUGCAUCCAGAAAGCAGUGAAAGAGAGUUUUGGUGAUGAUGGUGAAGAUGAAGGUGAAAAGGAGAACCUAAGUGUGUUGAAUGAUGUGUUGUCAAUAAAUGAUGUGGCCAGCAUGGCAAGUUUAUUGGAGAUUACGGUGAUUCUCUGGAGAAGUAUUCACAAAGCGCUGGAUCACAAUGAAGAUGCCAAAGAUUAUACUAUCAGAAAAUUUGCUUCUGUACUUCCUGAGUAUUUAAAAGUAUUUAAGGAUGACCGUUGCAUAACUCCAUUGGUUAUUCUGGCAUCCUUUAUGCCCCCUGCUGCUAUUCCUACUUUCAGCUGUGGUGUGAUCUCCAAACUCAGAAGCAUUGACAGUGGAGCUGACCAAAGCAAAUACUCUACCCUGAUAGACUGUAUGUGUCGCUGGGGUCGAGUUGGUCAUGUGUUGGAAUUGGCCUGUGACUGGUUGUCAGACAUGCUAACCCCAAGAAAGAAUGUUAAAACAUCGGAACGGCGAGUACGUAUCCACGUGACACAUGAAUCGAAGCCAGAAUUAGCACUUGAUUACAUUGAAUAUUUAUUGACUCAUCCUGUUAACCGUGGUUGCCUACUCUCUGUUCCUAAAAAGAAACUGAACCAUCUUCUGAAAGUUCUCAGUGCUGCUAAGGAGAUUCUUGGCUCAGUUCUGAAAACAACUGAUACAAAUCGUGGUAGCUGCAGUCAAGGAACUGGCUUAAGAGCCUUCAGCCUGUGUUGCAGGUUGAGUAUUCAUCUUCAAAACAAGUUUUCUGAAGAAGGAAAAGAUUAUCUGUCACAUCUGCAGGAGACAGGGGCUUGGGUAGAAAGUCACGUUUUACCUUUUAUACUUGCAUCUGAACAAGAGGAUGGAAUUUCAAAACAGAGUAAUGUUCCUGAAUUAAUUAUCCAGGCCUAUCUGUCUGUCUGCAAAGAUGUCAUAAUGGUUGGUCUUGGAAAUGUCAAGUUUCAACUGUACUUUUUAGAUAUGGCACUUUCAGUUAUACAAACAGCCAGGGGUGCCUUUUGUACACCAGUACUAUUGUGUGCACUAAAAGAAAUUACUGAAGCUUCUCUGACCCAGAGCACUGAGGUGGAUGAAGUAGCAAAUGUCCUCCAUGCUGUACAGACCAUCUUCCAGAAGGUUUUAGAAUGUGUUGCAAGCAGAAUCAAGGAGCAGCCUGGAGAAGGGAUUCAGUUGAUUCAGUCAAUUCAAACACCUCUUGGAGAUUUCUUACAUGCAGUCCAGUGCUGGCAUUCAUUUUGCCCGGCAGUUCACCAGAGUGUGUUCUCCACUCUCCUAGCUGCAAUACUGGCAGAGAUAAAGUAUGCGCUACAGGAGGCUUCCAGUGAAAAAGCUUUCACUAUACCAAGGACAGUUUCAGACCUUCCGCCUCUUUCAAGCAGCUUAAUGGCAAUAAUUAUGAAGUCUGUUAAUGUGGUCAGGUCAUUUUUAAAUGAAUUACUGGAAUGCAUUCUAUCAGAAGAAAUUGAAGGGAUUUUUAGUCUUACAUCUAUGGUCUGCACUGUGAUUGUAAUUAAAGGUAAGCACAAAACUUCACUUCUAAAAGAUGUUGCACCUGUCAUUCAGAGAAAGCUUAUAACCUACAAGGAAGCUGCCACAGAAGAAUCUAGCAGUACUGAAAGAAUUCUGUAUGAAUCAUCUCAGAAAAUUCUGGAUGAACUUCUGAAUCCUUGACCAUGUGGAAGCUUUUGUCCUGAAAACUGAAAGAAGAUAUAUUGUUUAAAAGAAAAUGUUAUAUUGUAAAUUUAUUAAUAGUUAAGAUUUAUUUCCUGCUAUUCUGUACAGUUAAAGCAGGCAAAAAAGUAUAGCAGUGUAUAUAGAAAUCAUGUAGUAUUAAAGAUUGUCAAAGACCUCUAAGAAGGCUGUUUUGUAUAAAAUUGUCAUUUGGGGAGGGAGAGUAAAAAUGACUAUCUUGUUUUCAUCAAACAACUGAUAAUUGUAUCUUACACUUUGGCAUUGAGGCAGCACGUAGCCUCAGUCCCUGGGAAAUUCUCAGAGAAUAUUCCUGACAAGGCACAUGAAGUACAACAAGGUGUUUGGGUAUUGCCAACAUGAAAGCACAAAGAGCAAAUUCUUCUUGGCCAAUCACAUUUCCUUCCUUUUUGUGAAUGGAAUAAGAGCAGAGGAUGUCAGCUUUCCUGUCCUUAGAAAGACUGUUUACAGAGACUUACAUGAUAUAUUUGUGGCCAAGUUGGAGAGAGAUGGAGCGUACUGGAUGAGCUACAUAGAGAGUGGAAGACUGCCUGGACACUCAGGUUUUAACAGUAAUGGUGCUACGAAGUCAUACUAAUGGCGUUCCUCAAGGCAGACACUGUUGUUGCCAGUACUGCUCAACAUUUUCAUUGAACAUCUUUGGCAGGGAAUGAAAUGCAAACUCAGUCAGUUGCCAGGUGACACCACCUUGGGAGCAGUGGUUGAAACAGUUGAGGGGUGAUGUUGUCCAGCUCAGUAGCAACCUGACCACUGGACAUAGAAAACAGCAAAUCUCGUAGUUUAAACCCAGACACACGCAAAGUCCUCUACCUGCAAUGGACAAAUUCCAUACUACAGCAGAAGAGUGAUCUCAUUGCUGUCUUCACCUACGUGAUGAGGAUUAUGAAAAGACUGUUCUCAGAAGUACAAAUCAAGAAAACACAAGGCAGUGGCCACAAGCUGCAGCAAGGGAAACUGGACAUGUGACAGUUUUUUCCUGAUGAAAGUGAAACAAAACGGAACAGGAACAGAUUUGUCAGAAAGACAGUGCAAGAUCCAUCCUUGGAGAUGACAAGAACUUGAUUGGCCAGUGUGACAUAAUUUUGAAGUUACUCCUGCCUGAGUUGGGGAUUGAACUGGAUUAUCUCAUGAGCUUCCUCUCAAUUUAAAUAAGUUUAAUUGCUUUGUAUUUGGCUCUUUUUACAAAUUAAUGCCACAGGCGAUGCAGACGUGUAAGCCACUUGUUUAGCUUUAUAAUGUGAACAGAUGCUCUCUCGAAACUAAUAUUACAAUGUUAAUUGCAGAACGUUAUUUUGCCUUAACUGAGGCAUAUAUAAAUCAGAUGUCUAAGUUCACAAUGCUAUGUUUUUGCCUGUUUUAGAUCUACUAGGCAGCCCCAGAAACUGAUUGAGGCAGAGACUGAAAAGAUGGCAAACAGUGACUAUCUUAAACUUGGUUAUCUAAUGGUUGUCUACAAAGUGGGACAGGAUGCUUCUCAUGUAGUGCCUACACAAAUGGCUCACUGACAUCUCCGAUGUUACUGAGUGGCACUGGCACUGAAAUUAGCAAAUUUACCUAAAUUAAGUCAGACUCUUAAUUUUUGAUUAGGAUCUGUGCACAGUGCUCUUCCCCCAUCUAUCUAAACAGACAUCUUUGUAGUGCAUUAAUCUUCUAUGUAGAAGCUUAUUUAACUGGAAUGUUGAUAUUUAAAAAUAACCACAUCCUUAAUAAACUGUCAGACUUUACAACAGGGAAGUCAGUGUGUGUGCUUAUGGAGAAGUGAAUUCCAGAUUUACUUUCUCCACAACAGUAGCCUGAGCCAGAAAGACAUGCUGCCCCACCACGUAGCUGUAGGUCUGCCAACUGCUUAUCUAUCAACAUCUUUAUAAAAACUGGGUGUCCUUUGGCCUUCAUUCUUCUACAUCUGCUAACAGGCAGGUGUUCCUGUAAUGACCUUUUAAAUCUUGAUUCUACAAAUUAGUUAAUGAGUAUGUAAAUCACUACAGAUUUUUCUUCUGCUUUUUGGUCUUUCACUAUUUGCUUAUAUUAGAUGAGAAGAGUUACUGCCUUUUUAUUCUCCUCAGUCUGUAACGCUGCUUUUUCAGUUCUAUCUUUUUUUUCUUGAUGGACUACCUGUUACAGACUCAGUAUUCCAGAUCCUGCAAUAGAGAUAACUGCCAACAGCAGCAAUAGGCAGAUUUAUUCUGAAGAACUCAGAGGUGAUAUUGCCAGGAAGGGUAAGAAAGCUUAAAGAUGAACCUUUGUCUUCCUGGUGGCUGAUGCUCAAGUGGUUCUCCAGGGGGUUGGAAUAGUUCUGUGGUAGCAGUGCUGCUGGUCUGUAGAUCUCAAGAUCCAAUCCAGCUCUGUUAUAGCUCCUCUCCUGGGUGAAAAACUAUUGGCUUUCUGCAACACAAGUACUGAUCUCUCAAUUCCUUGUGACAAAAUCUGUCACGCUUUCUCCUUGGGUCUUCAUAAUUUUCCAUCAAUUUAGUCAGAUUUUAGUCAGUGUUCUCAUUACAAAGUUUUGUCAAAUCGUUACAUCCUUACAGUUUUCUUGUUUUCAAGAUAUAAAUAAAGUGUAUAUUUCUUAAGCUUCA